AUGGUCUCCCAGUAUAAGUUUGAUCUUCCAUUGGCUGCAACGAUUCGUCUGAAAUUCCACCUGGUAUCUGCUAUUUUAAUAGCUAGCUAUAUAAUUGGAGGAAGCCAUGAGUUACGAGCCUACGUGCCUUUAAAAAAAGAAUUUCUGUGGAUUGGCUGGGUCUGUGGGGAGCAGGGCUGUGCAAAUCCAUGCCCACAAACUCCAGAGAGAGCUAACGGUGUAAAUCUUCUCCCUCUUCCUCCCCUGGGACCUGUCGUCCUGCUGGGACAAGGUCCCCCGGGUGCCAGGCCCAGCUACGGCCCUCAAGUUCCACUCAUCGCUGGCGGAGCGGCCGGUGGAAGCUGCCAGGAUCCCGCUCUGGCCGGUGGCACCGUCCUCCCAAGUGUAUCGGAGCAGAAGCUGAGCCUGCAUGCGCUGCUGCAGGGCCUAGAGCCGGGGCGCCGCUGCCGGCCUGCUGCCCUCUCCCCCCUGCAGGGCAUGGAGGCCUCCGUCACCACGGUGGAUGGGCAGCAGGAGGACGACAUCACCGUGCGGGAUGGUGCCGGCCUGGACAGCGCCUCCCUGGACUCUCUGUACAGCCUGCUCCACGGCAGGCCCUGCUGGAUGCCUUGCCAGCAGCUGCCAAGGCUGCUUCCGCCCUCCUGGCUCCGGCCCCGUGACUUCCCAUGGCCCCUCUUCCCUCACGGCGCCUUUGCUCUCCCCCUGGUUCUCCUGCAGCUGCUGACCUUCCUCCUGAAGGUGCCUGACUAUGGGAUCUACUCCCGGGAUGUGGAGUUUGUGAAUGAGAUCUUGCACCUGAGAACUCGGGGCCUCGCCAUGUACCAGCUGUCGCUAUCCCUGUACCGCCUUCUGGCCUGGAGCUACUUCGCCAGCGUGCAGCUAGAGGUACUGAAACUGACGCGGCACCCCGAGAACUGGAGCAUCCAGGCCCGCUGGCGCAUCACGGGGCUGCCCUUCCACGUCCUCCUGCUGCGCUUCUACAGGAGGGACAAGCGGGAGCUGUUCAGGACCUACGACGCCUAUUCCACUUUCUUCUUGGACUCCAAAGGGCUGAUCCGCUGUCACCGGAUA